AUGCUGGCGGGGAUGGACCUCUUCAACAAGAAAUUGGAGCUUCUCCAGCUCUACUACCCCGGCUUCUCCGCGUCUGUGCUCAGCGAAAUCUUGCGUGGUUGCCAUGGAGACGUUGCCCAGGCCAGAAGGCUCAUUGAUGGGCCUGCAAAGCUGAAGGCUCCAGUGCAGCGCACCCUUCCGGUAAAACGCAAGGCCGAGCCUGUAGCCCCAGACGCCCAGAAGCGCACCGCACAGGGCCCCUUCCACAGAACAAUCACCCUCAAUACGCCUGACGAUGUCAGGGAGCACUUGGGUUGCUAUGCCCUGCUUCAUCUCAAUUUUUUUCCUCAGGAGCUUGCAGACGGCUUGCUACACGAGCUUGUCGCGUCCAAAGACAAGUUCCAUUCUCGGCAAUUUUAUCUUUUCGGAAAUCUCUGCCAGCUGAACAUGUUGGUGGCACCGUUUGCAGCCCGCGACAACGACUGCCCUGCCUUGGUGUACAAUGGGCUCGCGGUAGGAGGCUCUGCUGGGGCUCAUGAAUACACACACCGCUUCGAUCUGGCUGCGAAACGCUUGGAAACCUGGAUGAACGAGACGGUGAUCCCCGGGUCGAAACGGCUUCCUUUUCAGCGGGAAGAUCGCUGGAAAGCCGGCUUUUGCGUGGCAAACAUGUACGAAAAAUUGAACAAUCACUUGGAUUGGCAUCUGGACAGACUUUCCAGCAUCGGUCCGCACAACUUCAUAGCAUCGGUGCUGCUUGGGCUGACGCGAGUUUUCAAGCUCCGAUCGACCCACAACACCGGGCCGGUUUACCUGGUGCCGCUACCGCAUAACAGUGUUUUCCUCAUGCGGCCAGGAUGCCAGGAGGAAUUCAAACAUACAUUGGGGCCUAUGGCGAAGCUGGUGCUGUUACAUCCGGAUGUCGGCUCGCUACGAAUCAUCCCCUUGGCGUCACCCUCCAAGUACAUUCCCCAUGAUAGACUCCAAUUGUUAGAGGAAGCGCUCAGCAGCACUAGCGAUGCUGCAAUCUACAAAAAUGGAAGUAAUUUGGUGCAAGAAAAGCCGCUGUCGUACGACUCCAAGCAUUCGUAUGUCUACGUCUCUGAUCACGAGGAUGAACCUGAGGAGAGUGAUAGACAAGGUUCGAAAAGCCCUGACCACGAGGAGCAGCUUCCGGAUUUCUCAAGAAUCAAGUCACUAGGGCUAGUGUUUGACAUUUUGUCGCAAAACCAAGAUGUUUCUCACCCCAUGAGCUCAGAGUGUGCUCAACUACUUAUCAAUAACUACAAGUUCAAGUUUGAUCAAAGCCAACGCGAGAAAGAGUACUAUAUUUCGUUUUUGAAGAAACUCAGAGAGAGGGAGAAUAACUUUUCCGCAACUGCAGAGGCUGAGACAGACACGAAAUUGGCGGAAACGGCCCAGGAAUUAGUCCUGCUUCAUGAUCUAGAACGCAACAAGCUCGAAGAGCUCGAGGAGUUGGAGAAGACGUACGAGGAUUUGCAAACUCAGCUAAGUGAACUAGAUGAACAGCUCGAACAACUCAAUUCGGAGAGCCUCAAUGACGUACUUCGACUCAAAAACACACUUACCAUGGAUCUCACGCAGAAGCAGAGCCACCUCGACCAUUCCAAAGCAUUGUACCAGAAGCAGCUAGAUCACCUAGACUCGCUACGCACGAUCAACAUCUUUAAUCGCUUAUUCCAAAUUCUGUUUGACGGGAGCGAGCCCUGCGGCAAAAUUAACGGAUUUCGGCUCGGUCACAAGAUACCCUGGCCAGAGAUCAAUGCUGCACUUGGCCAAAUUGCACACCUUCUCAAGUUUCUCAUGACAAGGUUGAAGGUUGAUAUUGAUGGUUACAAGCUAGUAGCUAUGGGCUCGAAAUCGUACCUCGUGAAAACAUCAAGACAUGCGCCCGAAGAAGGCCGCAGCCAGAAUUCUCCCGUUUUACAGCUACACUCGACCAACGAGUUUACUCUUGGCAAGCUUUUUAACUUCAACAAACUCGAUGUGUCGAUGAUUGCUUUGCUAGACAUUGCGAGCCAGCUUGAGGCGAAGAUCACCGAGUUUGAUGAGGAGUUUGAGCUCCCGUACCCAAUUGCACCAAACCACGACAAGAUCGGAGGAAAAAGUAUCCGUGUCACGCUGAACAGCCGCUGGACGGAGGCGUGCCGGUUCUUUUUGACGGACUUGUCGUGGAUGCUCACAUUUGCCAGCGCGAGAGGCGAAACCACCCCUCGCAAGGUGACUCCUCAGUUGGUGCUACUCCCCUCUACUCAACCCAAGACAGCAGACCUGUCUUCCGAGAAACUCAACAAUCUGAUUGGCGAUCCCCCUCUGCUGCCGUACCAAGUGGCAUCCUUACCAAUCCAGUCACAUCCGGAAAUCUCUAUACCCAAAGUUGCAAAUCUUGAGGACGUGCCUUGUGGGUUUCAGAAUCGGGAACGCAUACAAGACGCCGGUGCAGCGCAAGAAAAGGGGCCAAUCAAAAAGAGAAAACUCAAGGAGCCUAAGCCAUAUAUUCCUCCAGAGAGGGUGUCUCAGCGAAAAAAGACUUUUCCUGCUGCUCUUUCUGCCUUUGCCAUGAGAUCGCACCUUUGGUCUAUUCUUGUCGCCGCCUUCAUGGUGGCGUGUGCUCAGGCAUUCUAUUUGCCGGGUGUGGCCCCGACCAACUACGCAGAGGGCGACCGCAUCGAGUUGUUCGUCAACCACUUGACUCCGGCCAUGACCCACUUGACGUCCACGGGCCAACGGGAAAAGACUAAAACUCAAAUCUACUCCUAUGAUUACUACUAUCCAAAGUUCAAGUUCUGCCAGCCGCCAGGUGGUCCCAAGAAGCAGCUGGAGUCCUUGGGUGCCAUUCUUUUCGGCGACAGAAUCUUCAAUUCGCCCUUCGACAUCCUGAUGUUGAAGAAAGAGGAGUGCAACGUCUUGUGCAAUGCAAAGUACUCGAAGACCGACGCUGCUUUCGUCAGCAGGAACAUCCGUGCGGGAUACAACUACAACUGGAUCAUAGACGGAUUGCCUGCCGCCCGUAAAGCAAAGGACAUACGUACCAGCACCGAUUUCUACACCUCCGGCUUCCCAAUUGGCCUGGUGGACGAAAGCAACAAGUCCGAGUUGUACAACCACUUCAAGAUCAACAUUGAAUACCACAAGAGAGCUGAGGGCCAGUACAGGGUAGUCGGCGUGACCGUCGUACCAUACUCCUUGGACAGAAGUAAGCUUGAUUCCUCGAAAGCUUCUGCUGACGAACUAUGUAACCUCAAAUUGGCUCCGGUGAUGGUUUCCAAGGACAGCGAGAAGACCGUGUUGUACACGUACUCCGUUGAAUUCUUUGAGUCUACAACCUCUUGGGCUACCAGAUGGGAUAAGUACUUGCACAUCUAUGACCCAAAGAUUCAAUGGGUGUCCUUGAUCAAUUUCUCCUUGGUUGUGAUCAUAUUGAGUGUCAUCAUGGCUCACAUCUUGGUUACCACCUUGAAGAACGACAUUGUCAAGUACAAUGACGUGAACUUGGAUGACGAUGUUGCUCACGACAGUGGCUGGAAAUUGGUUUACGGCGAUGUUUUCAGAUCUCCUCCAAACAGAAUGCUCUUGUCCGUGUUAGUUGGAAGUGGUGCUCAGUUGUUCUGCAUGACAUUGGUAACAAUCGUUUUUGCACUCUUCGGUUUGUUGUCUCCAUCCAACAGAGGAUCCUUGUCGACAUUCAUGUUCAUUCUUUUCAUCUUUUUCAGUAUCAUUUCCUCCUAUGUGAGUGGUUACCUCUAUAGGUUCUUUGGUGGUGAGAACUGGAAGGUGAACAUGUUGAUGACCCCAACCCUUGUCCCUGGCAUUUUGUUUGGCUUCAUCGUGUUCUUAAACUUCUUCCUCAUAAACGCUGGCUCGUCAGGAGCCAUUCCUGCUGGUACCAUGCUCGCUAUGGUGGUUAUUUGGUUUGCGAUUUCAUUCCCCUUGUCCGUGGUGGGAUCUAUCCUUCAAUCCAAGAGACCCACUCUUCUGGUGCCCGUUCGUACCAACCAAAUUCCAAGACAAGUGCCACAACAACCAUGGUACUUGAAGACUGUUCCAGGCAUGAUUAUGUCCGGUCUUUUCCCAUUCGGAUCAAUUGCUGUUGAAUUUUACUUCAUUUUCUCAAGUAUUUGGUUCAACAUGAUUUUCUACAUGUUUGGAUUUUUGUUUUUCUGCUUUAUCUUGAUGAUUAUGACAACAGGUCUCAUCACAUUAUUGUUUGUUUACUACACAUUGUGCAGUGAAAAUUAUAAGUGGCAAUGGAAGGCUUUGUUCAUUGGUGGUGGAUGCUCCAUCUACGUUUUCCUCCACUCCUUGUUUUUCGUCAAGGGAGCAUUGAAAGACUUCACUUCCAUGGUUUUGUACCUUGGCUACACCGCAGUCAUGUCUAUCUUGGUAUUCUUGGUCUGUGGCUCUGUCGGAUUUAUUUGUUCGUUAUUCUUCGUUAGAAGAAUCUACUCGCAGAUUAAGAUUGAUUAA